GUUCAGUGUAAUAAUAAUUUUUUAAAAGAAAAAAUGGGAAAAGAAAGGAGAAAAAAGAUGCACCUUAGCAAAAUGUAUUCAAUAAGAAGAAAUGGAUUUGAAGAAGAUCAUUCACAAAUUGGUGGGCCAGGGUUUUCAAGAGUAGUUUAUAGCAAUGAAAAUAGUGAAAUAGUGCAAAAUUAUGCUGAUAAUUAUGUUAGGUUAACUAAGUAUACAUUAGUUACAUUUUUACCAAAAUCAUUGUUUGAGCAGUUUAGAAGAGUGGCUAAUUUUUAUUUUUUAGUUACUGGGAUAUUGGCUUUUACACCAUUAUCUCCUUAUUCUCCUGUUAGUGCUAUUCUACCUCUUAUUAUUGUCAUUGGUGCUACUAUGGUCAAAGAAGGGAUUGAAGAUUGGCAAAGACAACAACAAGAUCAUGAGGUCAAUAACCGAAAGGUGAAUGUACAUAGAGGUGGAGGAGUUUUCGAAACUAGUGAGUGGAAAAAUCUAAGAGUGGGUAACAUAGUGAGGGUAGAAAAGGAUGAAUUCUUCCCUGCAGAUCUUCUCUUGCUUUCAUCUAGCUAUGAUGAUGCAAUAUGUUAUGUUGAAACGAUGAACUUAGACGGUGAAACAAAUUUGAAGUUAAAACAAUCAUUAGAUGUAACUUCUUCAAUUAACGAAGAUUCAAAAUUCAAGAACUUUAAAGCUACAAUUAGAUGUGAAGAUCCAAACGCUAGUUUGUAUACGUUUGUUGGAACAAUGCAGUUUCAAGAACAACGGUAUGCGCUUUCUCCUCAACAGCUUCUUUUAAGAGACUCCAAGCUUCGAAACACUGAUCACAUCUAUGGUACUGUUAUUUUUACGGGUCAUGACACAAAAGUCAUUCAGAACUCAACCGACCCGCCUUCAAAAAGAAGUAGAAUCGAAAGAAGAAUGGAUCAUAUCAUCUAUUUCUUGUUCUUUGUGUUGUUUCUAAUGGCAUUGUUUGGAUCAGUAUAUUUUGGGAUUGUGACAAGAGAUGAUUUAGAUGGGAAUAGAAUGAAGAGAUGGUAUCUAAGACCCAACCAAUCCGAUAUAUUCUUUGAUCCUGAACGAGCUCCAAUGGCGGCUAUAUAUCACUUCUUAACAGCGGUAAUGCUUUAUAGCUACUUGAUUCCCAUUUCUCUGUAUGUAUCAAUAGAAGUCGUGAAAGUGUUGCAGACGAUUUUUAUAAACAAUGAUGUUGAUAUGUAUGACGAGGAAUCAGACAAGCCAGCACAUGCCCGUACCUCAAAUUUGAAUGAAGAACUUGGUCAAGUUAAUACCAUUCUGUCAGACAAAACUGGAACUUUGACUUGUAACUCAAUGGAGUUUAUUAAGUGCUCAGUGGCGGGGACUGCAUAUGGGCGCCGUGUUACAGAAGUUGAGAGAGCCAUGGCCAAACGGAAGAAUGGUCAGGAUCAUUUAGAUGAAAAUGGUCAUGAAGCAUAUUCUCAUUUAUCUGUUAAAGGAUAUAACUUUGAAGAUGAAAGGAUCUCAAAUGGGCAUUGGGUUAGGGAGCCACAUUCAGAUGUGAUUCAAAAGUUUUUUCGGUUAUUGGCGAUCUGUCAUACUGCCAUACCUGAUGUUGACGAGGAGACUGGGAAGGUGACAUAUGAAGCUGAAUCACCCGAUGAGGCAGCUUUUGUUAUUGCAGCCAAAGAACUUGGUUUUGAAUUUUAUAAGAGAACACAAAAUAGUGUCUCUUUUGUGGAGUUUGAUCCUAAAUCUAAGAAGAAUGUUGAAAGGUCAUAUGAACUUCUGAAUAUUCUAGAGUUCAAUAGUACACGAAAGAGAAUGUCUGUUAUAGUGAGGGACGAUGAAGGGAAGCUACUUUUACUUUGUAAAGGUGCCGACAGUGUUAUGUUUGAACGUCUUUCCAAACGAGGGCGCCAAUUUGAAGAGAACACGAGAGACCAUGUGCAUGACUAUGCUGAUGCAGGGUUAAGGACUUUGAUACUUGCGUAUCGUGAAUUAAAUGACCAAGAAUAUGGAGAAUUCAAUGAUAAAUUUACAGAAGCCAAGAACUCAGUAAGUGCAGAACGAGAUGAUAUGAUAAGCGAAGUGACAGAUGAAAUCGAGAAAGAUUUGAUACUUCUUGGUGCAACUGCUGUUGAGGAUAAACUUCAGAAAGGGGUCCCGGAGACAAUUGACAAACUUGCUCAAGCCGGAAUCAAGAUAUGGGUUCUAACUGGUGAUAAAAUGGAAACAGCCAUAAAUAUAGGUUUUGCAUGCAGUCUGCUUAGACAAGGAAUGAAACAAAUUGUAAUAACGUUGGAAUCACCAGAAAUCAUAGCAGCAGAAAAAGCUGGAGACAAAAGUGCCACUGCUAUGGUUUCUAAACAAAGUGUCCAGAAGCAAAUAUCAGCAGGGAAGGCUCAAGUUGAUGCUUCCAUGUCUGAUGCAUAUGCUUUGAUCAUUGACGGGAAAUCUCUUGUGUACGCUUUGAAUGAGGACACAAAAAAGGCCUUUUUAGAACUUGCAGUUGGUUGUGCUUCAGUUAUUUGUUGUCGUUCAUCACCAAAACAGAAGGCACUGGUCACGAGACUUGUUAAAGAGGGAACUGGAAAGACUACACUAGCGAUAGGUGAUGGAGCAAACGAUGUGGGAAUGCUUCAAGAAGCUGACAUCGGUAUUGGAAUCAGUGGUGUUGAGGGAAUGCAGGCGGUUAUGUCUAGUGAUAUAGCAAUUGCUCAGUUUCGGUUUUUGGAACGCUUACUAUUAGUCCACGGACAUUGGUCUUACCGGAGAAUUUCUUCAAUGAUAUCAUACUUUUUCUAUAAAAACAUAGUAUUUGGAACCACAGUUUUCUUAUACGAAGCUUAUGCAUCAUUCUCCGGACAACCUGCCUAUAACGAUUGGUUUUUGUCUCUUUACAACGUUUUCUUCACAUCACUUCCCGUCAUUGCAUUAGGAGUCUUUGACCAAGAUGUAUCUGCUAGAUUUUGUCUCAAGUUUCCUUUGCUAUACCAAGAAGGUGUACAAAACACGCUCUUUAGAUGGCGCAGAAUAUUCAGCUGGAUGCUGAACGGGCUAUUCAGUGGCAUAAUAAUCUUUUUCUUAUGCAUCAAAGCCAUAAACCCCGAGUCUUAUGACAAGAAUGGAAAGACUGCCGGGUUGGAAAUCGUGGGGGCCACAUUGUACACAUGUGUCGUAUGGGUUGUUAACUGCCAAAUGGCACUAGCCGUUAGUUAUUUCACCUUAAUACAACAUAUCUUCAUCUGGGGAGGUAUACUGGUAUGGUACCUCUUCCUCAUAGUAUAUGGUGCACUCCCACCUUCCAUUUCGACGACAGCAUAUAAAGUCUUUGUAGAAACACUCGCGCCUGCACCCACUUACUGGCUCGUGACCCUUUUUGUGGUGACUGCUUCUUUGACUCCUUAUUUUUGUUUCAAGGCAAUACAAAUGAGGUUCUUUCCCGGAUACCAUGGGAUGGUUCAAUGGCUAAGACAUGACGGUCAGACCAAUGAUCCCGAGUAUUGUAGCAUGGUGAGACAACGGUCUAUAAGGGCAACGACCGUGGGGCUCACGGCUCGUUCAGUAGCAAGGGAUAAUAACUUGUAUAAUUUGGACCGGCAUCUUGAGAGAUGAAUUGGGGUAUAUAUCAUAGUGGUUUUAGACUAUUUGUUUGUACAAAAUUUGUUUGUAGAUUAUUUUGUUCAUUAUUUGUUGUUGCAUAAAAUGGGUCUUAGGGGAAUUUUGUUGUAAAUUAUGGAAUGUUUUGUACAGAAAAAGGAGAACAAAUAUAGAGAUAUAUGAGACUUUUGAGUCCAGAAACAUUAUAUACAAAAAAUGAUUUUUGUUUGA